CGCGGUGUGACCAGACUAUUGAGUGUCAACCAAAAAGACAUGGGAAAAGGAAUGUAGAAUUCAUCCUUGGAACUGUGCAACGUCUUGGUUGGCUACAAAUAUGAGUACACAAUUCUUUGAACAUACAGCUCUGUGUCCUGGCUGACAUGUACAAUCUGGUCUUCAAGAUGAACAGCUGUAAACAACUUCCAUCAAUAAGACGACCAGCUAGAACAUGUGAACAAACUUUUUAACAGAGUCAAGUUAGUUCUACAUCAGUUUCUUCACUUGUCGUCUCAUCACAACACUGUUUAUGCAAAAUGUCUCAGUCCUUGUUACUCACUUUAAAAGAACAGCAGAGCGCAGAGUGGAAAUGCAACAGAACCAACAUACCAUCUGCACUCAAACUCCAGAUCUUCCACUGCACCCUACUCUUAGUGAAUGUGUGAUGACAAGCAGACAGACUGACACAAAAUGACCCAUGAAAAUGGGCCUGCCCUGGGACUACAGAUGGGCAGUUCACAUCUCAGUGCGAAUGAGAUUAAACAAGCUGCCACACAGCCUGGUGCCUCAGCCGAUGAGGACAGUCUAGGUGUGAGAACGUUAGCUACAAACAAGUUACCAGACAGCUUAAAUGAUGGAUUCCAGACGAGGGAUGGAUUAUUGGAAGACACUGAUGGGAAGAGGCCAAGCUCCCCCGAUGCGGUCAAAUCUCGCCAAGGCUCAUCAGAAGCUGAGACUCGAUCAACAAUCACGAAAGACACAGAGAGUUUGGCUAGUGAGCCAGUUGUUCAACAGCUCAUGAGGAAAAUUAAUCAGGCAGCAAAUGGAAAUGAUGGUCCGAAGACUUCCGCAAACUACUGUAAUUUCCCCAGUGGGUUUCAGCAGAGGAACUAUUACGAGCAUAGCAAGAAAUUGACAGAUUUUGUUGAUGUAACGUACAAUCCACGAACCAGACAGUUCAUCUUCUUGGAUACAAGAGGAAUCACUACAUGGGAUAAGGAUGGUAUUGAACAUACUGUAAGCCGAAGCCUUAGCUUUCCCAAGUAUGUCAACAAGUUUCUACGGAAUAUUAUAUAUGCCAGGAAGUAUAAUGUGUACUUCUGCCUUGCCAAAGACUUCUCUCUCAAGGUACUCAACAAGGAUUUCUAUGAGACGUGUAAUGUAGCCUCGGACCUCAGUUCAGUCAUGUUCCUCAUCUUCAACCCAGUCAAGGAUGAACUGAUAACGGGUGGGGUCAAAGGAACAAAGGUCUGGGAGUUCAAGCAAGUGACUGACCAAGUGUGGACAGAGAUCAAACCAAUGGCCAACUAUGGACUGUUUUUAAAGAGAGAGUUAACAGGAAUCAAAGGAGGCUGGAUCAGGAAGGUGGAGCUAGAAUUACAGCUUCAACAUCUAUACUGCUGCUCUGAUACUGAUAUACUAUGCUACAACAUGGAAGGCAAACCUCUCUUUAGACUUAACAAUGCUCACAAAUCGCAGAUAAACGGCUGUAAAUAUUCACCGCAAGCAAGGAUGCUGAUCACAUGUUCUAACGAUAAUGAUGUCAAAGUGUGGAGUAUGACUGGCGGGCAUGUACACACAUUCAGGGGUCAUUCGAGGUCAGUCACAGGGAUAGUACUCCACCCAGAGACAUCAACCCUUGUGCUGACGAGCUCCAUGGACGGUUCCGUCAGAAUGUGGUCACUAGACAUCAUGGAACCAAUGUAUACGCUUGUUAUAUCAACCGACGGCAUUGAGUGGAUGGGCCUGACUGGAGAGAAGUACCUAUGGACGGCUACACAUCAUGACCUUGGCGUAUGGCAUCUGAACCACGUGGUGCAGUUCUAUGCGCUGGCACGCUGUCGUAUUACCUCACUGCAGAUUGCUGGCUGUGAAGGGAAGACAACCAGGCUAGUAGCAGUUGGAGAAGAUAGCAGUGUACGUCUUGUAUCCAUGAAGGAUCAGAAGAGUUUGUCUACCGUCCUGCCUCCUCCGUCAAUCUCUCCUUUACAGCAGGUCCUUGGGGUCACAUACAAUAGAGAGUGCAGUAUGGUGUACCUACUCAUCAGUGAAGAGGAAAUAUGGGUUUAUACUAUGAGAACGGACCCAGCUUGUCGGACUGCUGUAUGGGACUUGAAUCGUCUUCAGGAUAAGAUCAACACUAGAGGGCCUUCUGCAUUAAGCAGGAAUGGAUCAGCCGGCGCCUCGACAUCCCCAAGACAUCGGCCAGCUUCAAGAGGGCCCGCCUCUAGUCAGUUAGGGUAUACCUUCCCCACCCACCGAGCGACUCUUCAAGGUAGAGGGCUCCACCAGACCACCUCACCUUGUACCUCCAUUGCUACUGUCACCUCUCAUGUCAUGUACUGGGCUGAAGAGGGCUUUGUAUGCCCCUUGAAUGAUAACUUCCUUGUGCUUGGCCUUAAGGAUGGGCGUAUUCUGUUUAUGGAUCCAAUGCUGUUUGGCCAUCGAUAUUGUGAAUUACAAGCAAGCAAAGACUCAAUCUUUGACAUGGUAUUUGAUAAAGCACACAGCACCCUGAUAGCCAAGAGCCACCUUAGAGAUGAUGACGUCUUUCAGUUCUGGUCACUCCCGGGUCUAGAGCUCCAACAUUUGGUCGACGUUCCCAGGGAUGUCACUGGCUACUCGAGACUAGGUUCUGUCUUUCUCACGGGUCAUUCAGAUGGAAGCCUGAUCUUGCACCAUUUAAAACCAGUUACGAGCUCAAUGGUCUAUUCCAUUCCUGAUGAGGGGGUGGUGGUGAAAGAUAGACAGAGGGACCACGUUGCACCAAUUGUUGCAGUCGACUCUUGUUGUGGCCUUCAGAUCUUCGUGUCCUGCAGUUCUGAUGGUGCAGUGAAGGUAUGGGAUACAGAGAAGUCCCUUAUGACUGAGAUUGCUCUGGAAGAACCAAUAAGUGCCGCUAGAUUCAUCAACUCAAAGGGAGACCUGAUGUUGGGAUACAUGAAUCAUCUCUUUUUUAUCACUCAUACGAAAGUUUUACCGACUUCAGCCAAGACCCAGUUCCCUGAAGAAAACUUUGAAACAGAAUCUGAGAUUUAUGAGGAUCCAGCAGUGCGCUAUGAAGGAGCCGCGGCUAACCCAGACCCUCUGGACAUGGAGGGAUAUUUGGUUCCUUUUAAUUUGGAUUAUAAUGAGAGAUUCCGAGGAGGUCGAUCAUCGCUGACUGCUUCCAAUGCCUCGUCUGACAAGUCUGAUGAGGAAGAUUCUGAUGGUGAUUUCUCUAUGGCUCCUACUGAGAUGUACAUAUCCCCAAGCAUUACCCCAAGACGUCUCUCAACUGUUGACCUCUUGACCUCUGGGAAAGAUGUCAGCAAGGAGGAAAUCAGGAGCAAAGUUCAAGCUCUGUCUUUAAUCAAAAAGCGUCGGAGUAGAUCCAGCAAGUUGAAUCUUAUUCAGAGAGACGAUGUUCCACUGGACUUUGAUAUGCCUCAGUUUGGGACGUCACCAGGCCCGUCACCUACCCCAUCACCACCUUCAUCCCGCAGUGAAUAUGACGUCUCAGAGGAUGAGAGUGAGGCUGAAGACGAAUCUGAUGAGGAUGCAGAAGCUAUGGAGGAGGAGGCAGACGUCAAACUAACCAACAAGAUAUCACUCUUGGAAAUGCAAGAGUUGCAGAAGAAGGAAUCCAAGGAGAUUAAAGCUGGGGUGAUCCGUCUUUCUGACCUGAAACAACCCGACGAGGAAGUGUCUAAGUACAGCAUGUCUAAGAUGAAGAUUGACGCUAAGUCACUGCUGAAGAGGGUACCAGUGACUAUACCCAAGCCAUUGAAGCUUGACAGGACUUCCCAGCCCCUCAUGGCAACAGUUGCGGAAAUUAAGAGCACACAAGACAAUUUGCAGAAAUCCUCAGGCCAACCUCGCAUGAAAACGCCCAUUAAGAAGAAGGCCAAGAAAGGGGAGAGAGUACGUGUUGGUGACAGGGCUGCUGCUGCUGCUGCUGCUGCUGCUGCUGCUAAGGCCAAGAUGUCUGCUGCUGAACGUCCAGCUGAGGUUUCUGCUACAUCUCUAGGCCAAGUUGAACCAUCGAAGACAUCAGCUUCCAAACUGACUGUAUCUGUUGACGGUGGUGUUACAUCAAAGAGGAGUGUCGUGUCUUCAACAUCUUCAGCUUCCACACCCAGUCCCCAAACAUCUGAUCCGUCCAUAAAGUCCAAACCAAACGUUGCCGUCCCUGCUCUUCCAGUAGUCCAGAAGGACUCCAAGUCGUCGUCUAGCGAGAAGAAACCAGCGAAGCCUGGAGAGAAACAAACAAAGCAAAAAGUAACGGGGAAAGGCAGCAAGAAGUCCAUUCUGGAUGAUUGGAAGAAACCCAAGGCUCCUCAGUCAGCUACCUCAGAGACCCAGGCCGAUGCCUCGGAUGAGGAGGCUAUGCGAGCUGUUUCUGCAGGGACAAGAGACAGUGAGAGACCCGUGUCCUCUACCCAUGGUGCUGACGUAGCCACAGAUAUAGGAGAAGGCAUCACCGCUAUGUACAAAGCUGCAUCACGAAUGGCUAUAGCUAACAAGUACAACCCUCUGAGAGCAAAAAGCCCUGGGGCAACAACAACAACCCCCUCCCAUACAGAUCGUGGGGCAGAGAGUGACGAUAACCCCCAGCAGCUAACCUCAGACGAUCCUGGUGACGAUGGGGUCAUGAGAGACUCAGAUUCCUCUCCUAUGUCGAGGCCAAACAGCAGCCCGUUUGACAGCAGGUUGCAGUCUGCGAGCUCUUAUCAUUCCACUCACAGCCAGAGAGACAGAGACUCUGUGACCCCAAAUCAGAGUAGUGGGCGACGGUCUCAGGCGAACAGCCCAUAUGACAUCAGUGGAAACGAUCAGGGAAUAAUCGUGGAUACCCCUUCAAGGUAUCAGUCCCACACACCUCAAAGUGUGGUAACCCCAUCACCCAAACCCACCGGCACCCCACUGCAUCGACCAUCAAAGCCUAGCAUGUCCCUCCCUCCACGGCCGACCAGACCUGUAGAUAGAGACCGCGCCUGCAGGGAGACCAGAGGUGAGGAGAGACAGCGAGAGAAUGAGAUUCACAUCCCUACAGCGGUGGCUGAUGAUAAGAUUCCAUUCAGUACAGAGAUGGAGGGAAGGCUCGCUAGACCUAACACUGCAGAAGGAAGGAGCUCCUUACAGCGCCCUCACACUGCUGCUGCAAAUCUGCACGUCAACUUUGAAAGUGAUGUUCUUUUUGAUGGCCAUGACACCCCAAUACCAAGAUAUUUGAGCUGUCCAGGGAGUCCAGCAGACUUUAAGGCGCUAUAUAGGAAUGAUGGAUUACACUUUGAGGACAAUUGGCAAGAGAAAAUGAUUGUCAGACAUCAGAUUCUAAAGCAGCAGAAAGAGCAGCGAGCUCAGAGCGCUGCAGACAGGAGACGACUUCUUGAGUUACGAAAGAGACAAAGAAGGAAGGCUCUUCUUGGCCACCAUCACUGUGCAUCGGAUGCAGCAGAUGAUGCCUCACCUCAAGAAGUGUAUGUCACACGAUCCGAUACAUCCUUGCAUAUGAUGAGGAAGCGCUGUCAGAGCGCCCCCACUGGCCGGGUUGUGCCAUCCUCUCCACCGGUUCAGCCACGGCAGGCAUUUGGACAGCAGAAGGAACCAGACUUGAGCUCUGAAAGACCUUACAGGUUCCGUUUGAAUAGAUCUGCUCCACCUAAGCCUAGGAUACCAACUGAAGAUUUCUUUGAGGAGCCAGGCUCCAUUCUGGUUAAGAGACCUCAAAGUACUAAGUCAAUCCCAAGCAAAACAAGGCGUUAUGUCCUAAUCACCAAGAUCCAGGGAGACCCAGAGACCCCACUGCCUACUUCUCUGGAGCGACAGCUUCUGGCAGAACGGUUCCCUCAAACGAGACACAGACUGCAAAUGCAUCCCCAGGAAUCGCACAAACCAUCCCCUUCUAUGGAGCUGGUAAAUAUAUCAUGUGUUGGUGAAGGACCAUUUUCAUGAGAUUUUGUUAGUUUAUAUUUUCAAGGGUACUAAAAAUAACUUAAUUUUAUAUUCAUAUAAAACAAUUACAUCGGAACAAAAAACGUUCCCCCAAUUAAUGGGUGUUUGGCUUUUGGAGGAGUAAACUUAUACUGAGUUUUAAAUAACUCUUCCAUAAAACAAAUCUGUGAAUUUAUUUCAUCAAAUUUGAUGAUCAAAAAUUUGUUUAUGAACAUGUUGUUAGCAUUAAGCUUUACAAUCCAAACUAAUUUUUUGUUCAUCAAUUAAAACAAAAUCCAUAGCAAACUUAUAUGGAACUUACCAUCAUUGUGGCAAGAAGUAGGUAUACACAUUCAAACCGGGGACCUAAACAAAAAAGGACAAUAGGGUCCACGGUUCGGGAAAUGUAAACAGUUGGAAAACGUGUACAACACCAAUGGGAGCUAUUGCAAAUAAGUUAAGAGUAUAAACAAAAGUGGGACAAUAGGAGGUCCUUCUGAUCAGCAAAGUGUGGGUUCGAGUCACGGUCGUGACACUUGCGGCCUUUAGCAAGAUACUUGACUAUUAUUGCUUAGUCAUUUGGAUUUAAGCUGUAGGAACCGUGUAUUAGGAUUGAUUGUGCACAUAGAUAUUACUCAAUGUGGAAGAGUAUUGACCCCUUGCACACGCAUCACACGCGGCGACUGAUGCCACGCUCACCAUGUUGGUGGGCAAGUUAUGCAAUCUAUGCAAAGUUGAGUUUAAAAAUCACAAGGAAACAAACUUAGCUUAUAAAUGAGUUUGUUCUUCUGACAAUCAGUACUUUUUAAAUUAUUUAUUUGCUUAAAUUAAGUUUUAAAAGGUGUGUUUGCCUGAGUGCUUUCUUUUCUUUUAGAUGUAGCUGAAGUUAUGGAGACACUGCUUAUUGUGUUUAUGUUAAUUUAAAAAGAAAGAUACAAAGCAUUCCAUUUGUUUGCUUCUCCAAUGUCGCUGCAGCCAUUAUAAUUUUUUUAUUUUUAACCAUGUUUCAACCCCAUGUGUAUGUGACAACAUGCCCCUGGUGGCAGUUGAUUUGGGUUGAUGUUGCCAAAUCAGUUGAGUUUAGUCAGUUCACCUUGAAGUGGCUCUCCAGCCUUGUGUUUUUUAGGCGACAUUUGUUGGGUGGGGGGAAGGAAAAGAGAAAUGUCUCAAUACCGCUGAUACUUUAUCAGUGAAACCUUGAUAAAACAGACCUCACGACUGAGUAGAUUUUCAACACUUCUUUGGUUUUAUUUUUAAAAAUUUAGAGUAUGAUCUUUAUAAAGACAAAAAACAUAUAAUAAUAUUGUUUUUAUUUUUGAUAAAAAUAGAACAAAUGCAUUCGUAAUCCAGUCCAUAUUAGCUGUCGGAUUGUACAAAUUUGGGGAAUCCUUUGGAUUUGUUUUUAUUCUAAGAAGUCACUUAUUUAUUUUAUUUUCAAAUAAUUAUUUGUAUUGUUUAUUUACCUUGUAAAUAUUGAAAUACCCUGUGUGUGUUUGUGUGUGUGUUUUAAGACUUUCAGCAUUUGCUUGCGUGUGUGUGUAUAUAUUUGCAAGAAGAUUAAAUUUUAUAAAAGGUCUGAUUUUAUGUGUGCAUUGUGUGACGAAACCUUGAUGUGUGUUUGGUUAUGCCCCCCUUCUUUUAUCCUUUCCCCUUCCCUCCCCCACAAUGAAUUGAUUCUUAGAUUAGAGGUAGACACAUGCAGUCAAGCACUCAAUUCAUUCAAUUCAAUCAAACAUUUAUUUCGGUAUGAUCACGCGUCAGUUUCCCUUGAAAACCUCAUACCUUCUGCGUUUAAAGACACUGGACACUACAUAUUUGGUAAAUUGUCAAAGACCAGUCUUCUCACUUGGUGUAUCUCAACAUAUUAAUUAAACAUCAAUUUUGUGUGUAAAAUUUAAGAUGUAUGCGCUUAAAACGGAAUAAUGCAAGAACGCGGCGGGGUUGGCGCAAGUCGGCCGAUUGCAAAGGUAUUUUGUGUUUUCAAGCUGGGUGACACCAUGGAGGAAGAAGUGACACUGUCUUGUAUCUAUAAAGACGCGUGCACGUCUCCAAGUUAACUGCUGAAUAUGAAUACUUAUCUAUUAUUUUUUUCUCGUGGGUUGUAUUUUUCUAAAAACAACAAUGAGAACACACAGGCCUGAAGUUGUUGCAAAUUGUACUGGUUUUUCUGUGUAAAAUGUUUGCGGCAAAAGAUUUACAUUACCCAGAAUAACAACCAUGAAUGCUCCUG